AUGAUAUUUUUUGCAAUGGUAAACCAUUUUUCAUCUCUAAAAAAGAAAGUUUAUGAAGGCAACUUAAUAAAAGGUUAAAUGGUGGAUCAUCAUUGCCUGCAUUACCAACAAAGAAAUAGUUAGAAGGUAAAGAAUAUAAACGUUUAAUAAACUCAACCUAUAUCAUAAUCGGUGAAAGAAAAAGAUUGAAAUCCUUAAAGCAGAGAAUGGAUUCUCAUUCUCAGUAGUUAUAGUUAGGGGAAGGGACAAGGGGAUAAUAUGUAAUAAUGUUAGAACGUGGGAUUGAAUGUUUAAUUGUAAUAAAAGAGAAUCAAGUGGAAGAUAACAGAGAGUUUAUAGAAGUUUGCCAUGCAAAAUAAUAGUAAUUUAUACAUAUUUUUGCUAAAGAGGACCUUUUUGUCAGGUAGCUAUCCCUAGAGCCCUAGGUGUCCAUGUGCUGUUUUUUUGCUUUCAUAUCAUAUAACUUCACUCUCUUUAACCUAUACACACCCUUGCUUGUUUCGGCUUCACCAGACCACUUAUGCUUUUUUUUUUUUUUAAUUAAAUUUCAAGCUCCCUUUCAAACAUCUACCUUUUUUUUCCCUUCACAAAUUUCCUUCAAACAUCUAUAAAUCCCUCAUUUCCAAACUCAAGCUCAUUUACCCAACUUUCCCCACCUCUGACACAAUCAUUUUUCUUUCCCCAUUUCCCGGAAUCCAAACACCCACCCUAGAGAGAAAGAGAAAAAGGAAAAUGGUUUCAAUAGGCAGUGGUGGUAGUGUUCAAGCAUCACCGCCAUCAUCACCAUCACCUACAGAACCAAAUUCCAGUCCUAGGAUAUCUUUCUCCUCUGAAUUUCUUGAUGAAAGCAACUUCAUUUCCAUUACCCCAAAUUCCCAGAUAGAGAGAGAUCAAGAGAUUUGUGACAGACAGAAGAAGGAUAAGGAUAGAUCAGAGAAGCUGGCAUGGAGUGCUGAUUUUGAGUUUCUUUCUAAUAAAGUUAGUAGUCACUCCAUGAUUACAGCUGAUGAGCUUUUCUUUGAAGGGAAGCUUCUUCCCUUUUGGCAAAUGCAGCAAGCUGAGCGGCUUAACAAAAUCAGUCUCAAGUCUCCUAAAGAUGUAGAUGAAGAAGAUAUGGUGGAGAUUGAGGUAAACAAGGAGGCAGACAACAAAGUGAAUUGGUUUCUCGACGACGACCCGUCUCCGAGGCCACCAAAAUGCACCGUUCUCUGGAAAGAACUGUUGAGGUUGAAGAAGCAACGCGCUUCAUCUGCACUAUCACCAUCUUCUUCUUCGUCGUCGUCGUCUUCCUCUUCCAGGUCCAUGGCUGAUGCAGCCACAACAGAGGAAGGGAAGGAAGGGACAACAGGAAACAAAGAGAAGAACGUAAAGAGGAUAAAGAAGGGUUUGGAAAGGACAAGAUCGGCCAGUAUAAGAAUAAGGCCUAUGAUUAAUGUGCCAAUCUGCACACAGGUGAAGAGCAGUGUUUUGCCACCCUUGUUCCCACUUAAGAAAGGAAGAUUUGAUAGAUGAGAAGAUGAAAUUAGACGCUAAAGUCAGCAGCUCAAGAUCUCAUCAACUCUAGUCCAAGCUGUUAAUCUCCCUCUUCCCCUUCUCCCCCCUCUCUAUUGUCAUUUCUUGACAAAUUUUUUCAACUUUCUGUUUGUGUAUGGAUUAAUGUUGAUUAUGGCGGUGGAUCUAAUAAUCUCCGAUUGUAAAUGCUGACCUCUAGUUUUUGCUUGUUGGUAUUCCUUGAUUAAUCAAAUUAUGCUUUUUUGGUUCCACAUACCUUUUUGGUGUACACUUUAUCUUUGUCCUCCUGAAUAGCAAAAUUUGGUGGUGAAUAGUUCUACGUCACAUGCCGGAUGCAGCAGCCUCGGAUCAGUGGGUCACCCACAUUUCAGUACAAUACAAUAGCAAUUUUCAGAAUGGAACCUGGGUCCAAAAUUAUCUUCAAUGGUUAAAACAGUUCGUUAUUCUUAAAAAAAGAAAAGGCAUCAGAUCUCAUAUUAAUAGCUAAAUUAAAUGAUCCAAAUAAAUGGGAUUAUAUGUAUUAUACAGAUCCAGCCUGAACCUGAAUGGCUUUUUGUAAGAAAUUAAAUGGUCCUAAAGGCUCCAUGUAUUGAUCAUAGAGACUCCAUAACUAUGAUGGCUCAAUGAUACCCCCACCAUUUAUGAAUUCCUAAGCAGUGGUGCAGAAGCUGUAUCUGCACAUCUGACAUUAAUUCAAAAGAGAGUGCAUGUUUUAAAAUCGAAUUAAUUUCGUGUAUAGGAGAUGUGGCUAGAGUAAUCUAGCAGACGAGACAGCCAGAUGGGCAGGACAAAUGAUUUAAUAAAGAUGAAUACAGAAGAAACAAGUGAAAGCGACAAAUGAAGAGGAAGCAUACUGAUACAGCUAAGCCCGGUUUGACUGCAAUAGCAAACAGAGUGGAUCAGCUACAACACCCAUUAAAUUAAACGACCAAGGGGAGAGUAUUCACUGGGAGGAACAGAACCACUUCAUAAUACAGGAAAUAUAGCAAAGCUGAGAAGUCUAUAUCGAGCCCAAAAUCAUAUUACUAACAACAAUUAUACAUGAGCAAUAAUUUGCACACAAUUAAGGAAUGGGAGAACAGUGAUCUCGGUCUGUGAGUACCCGGGCUGAUUGAAUGUGGACAAUAAAUCAAAGAAUAAAGUCACUUGGACCAUCCGAGUUUGGAAACUCGUACAGUUUACAACAAAGAAGGCUAUCGCACAAAUUUCUAUUCCACAAUGGGUAGGCCAGUUUCCUUGAAGAACUUACAGGGAAAAAUGUUUCAACUGUUCUUUCCCAAAAACUAUACACGAGCAAACAAUUAGCUUUACAAUUAUCUUUCAGGAGAAGGGAAAAAAAA